UUCGAAAAAACGAAAUGGCAGUCGUCCUGCCCAUCCUCGUCUUCUCCCAGUCCCGGUAUGUCGAGUGGGGGCCUCCUCGUGGAUACAAGCCCGAAGGCUGCUGCGCAACCAGGCGCGACUCGUACGGCAUCUACGAGGAGAAGUGGGAGACGACCGAGUUCGAGUGUCGGCGCCAGUGCGAGCAUACGCUUAAAUGCCAAGCGUACGAGCACUCGUCGGUGACAAUACGCGCGCUGGCCUACACGCCCAUCAGCCGCUGCGAGCUGCAUUUGGAGCCCAUCGACCACGUCGUCCCCUCGAUGAAUCCCUCGGUGUGCUACAUCAAGCUGUCCUCGGCUCCGCCUCCCGCGACUCGACCAAUUCCCUCACCGUCACCCGCUCCUCCGCCCCCCGCGAGACUGGCCCCCCGCCCUGGCCCACCCGCCCCGCCGCCGCCGGUCCCGCCGGCGCUGGCCGCGCUGCGGGCCUAUCCGGAUCGGCUGGCGGCGGCCAAGAUGGACGCGUGGAUGGCUGAGGCUGUCGUGGCAAAGGCGGAGAUUGCGCUUGCGGCGGCGCCCGUGGGCGAUCCCGCGGCGGUCAAGCUGGCGACGGAGAUGGUGGCGGCAGCGGAGACCGCAGAGGCGGCGGCGGCGCAGGCGGCGACGGACUUGGAGGGGCAGGCCAUGGCCUUGGCAGUGGCGGCGCGAGAGGAGGCUGCGAGCGCGUCAGCGCCGACCCUGCUGCAGCUCAACCUCCCGACGUCGAUCGUCCUCACGCACCCUGGCGCGAUCG